AUGCUGCAGACCCGAGGUGCAGAGAAGCAUGGGUCUGUAGGAAGCUGCAGCCCCUGCGAGUGGGCGAGCCGAGGAGACCUAGGAGGGUUCAAAAGGAGGUGGAGGGAUACACAGGCCACGGUCGGAACUACUUUCAGGAGGAGGUCACGUGUGUUCCUAGUUGGGGAACUUUCCAAAUUCCCACUCCCAUCUGAUAGCUCUAGGGGCAAGUGCUUCGCUUCCUUUGCCCCGGGUGCUCCCGCCCGGUACGGGCAGCGGGACCCCAGAGCCUCCCGGGUCUCGGCGGAAGAACAGGCUCAGACGAGCCUCCCUCCGCAGCGCUGUCGGGACUGGCGCCCAAGGAACUGGUUACACAAGCACCCACGUCCAAGCACGUGCCCCCGCCUCCCCUCACCUUGGCUGCCGCCGCUGAUUCUUGCAGAUCUCGGAGCGAGAGUUCCCAAGCUGGUCACACCCUCUGCCUGUUACCCACAGAGCAAGCUAGGGGACGGAGAACGGAGACUCCGAGCUCUGGAUCCGCUAGCACUAUGCCUUCCCAGCCGUGGGAGAAAGGGCUGGGCCCCGGGGGUCUGCCGCAUCUUCCUCGCUAGUGCCCUGCCCCUCAGGGCGAAACUUUCUGGUGCUGUACUCGCGGCGUAA